AUGAAUUAUCAAAGACAGUGGAAACUCAACUCUGUAAUACUUCAGGAUCCCCAAAGUUUGGCCCAUAUUAUACAAAAUUACACACAAUUGAAGAAUCUUAAUGCAGGCAAACACAUUCAUGCCCAACUCAUUCGCUCUGUUCGUCGAGUAUGCAAAUAUGUCAACAAUUAUCUCCUCAACUUGUACGCCAAAUGUGGGCACCUCGAUUAUGCCCAGAAACUGUUCGACAAAAUGCCUCAAAGGAACUUGGUGUCAUGGACUGCAUUGAUCACUGCUUUUACGCAGCACUCGCUAUGCGUGCAAGCAUUGCAAGUCUUUUCCCAAAUGAGAAUUGCGGGGGAGAAUCCGAAUCAAUUUACGUUUUCGAGUAUUAUUCAGGCGACAACGUUACUUAGAGACGCCGGUUUUGGAAGGCAAAUGCAUUGCCUUAGUGUAAAAUGUGGGUUCAGCCAUGAGCUAUUUGUGGGUAGUAACCUUGCUGACAUGUAUUCCAAAUGUGGGAUGAUUCAUGAGGGGUGUAAGAUUUUCGAGGGGAUGCCUCAUAAGGAUAAAGUCUCUUGGACCUCGAUGAUCAAUGGAUAUGCCAAGAAUGGCAACUAUAAGGCGGCUUUAUUUGGUUUUAAGACAAUGUUGUUUGAGGGAAUACUAAUUGACAAUUAUGCAAUGUCUAAUACUUUAAGUGCUUCUGGGGCGAUGAAGGCGUAUGCAUUUGGUAGCUCAGUUCAUUCCAUGGUUGUGAAAUCAGGCUUGGAGAAGGAGACUGGCGUGGGCAAUGCACUAGUGGAUAUGUACUCAAAAAUGGGUGACAUGGAAAAUGCUUUGAAAGUGUGUGGGAACAACUCUUGGCGCAUGAAUAUUGUGUCAUAUACCUCUAUGAUUGAUGGAUAUGCGGAAGCUGGUCGAGUAGAUAAAACACUUGAGAUGUUUGUUGAAUUGAGGAGGCAAGGCGUAGAGCCAAAUGAAUUUACGUUUUCUAGUUUGGUGAAGGCUUGUGCUAAUCAAGCAGCACUUGAGCAGGGGUCGCAGCUUCAUGCUCAAGUGACCAAAAUGAAUUUUACAGCAGACCCUUAUGUGUCAUCCACUCUAGUUUUCAUGUAUGGGAGAUGUGGGUUAGUUGAUCUUUCUGAACGCUUAUUCAACUGCGUAAAAAACCCAACUGAAUAUGUAUGGAAUUCGUUGUUAGGUGGGUUUUCUCAGCAUGGCUUAGGGGGAAAAACCAUUAGAGUUUUCGAAAGAAUGGUCCUUAGAGGUAUAAAGCCGAAUAAUAUAACCUUUAUGAACCUCUUGACAGGUUGCAGCCGUUCUGGGUUGGUUAAAGAAGGGUUGGAUUACUUCAGUUCUAUGCAGAGGCAGUAUGGUGUAACACCUACAGAGGAGCACUACUCAUGUAUUAUUGAUCUACUUAGCAGAGCAGGGAAGCUCAAAGAAGCCGAUGACUUCAUUAGUCAUAUGCCAUUUGAGCCAAAUGCUUUUGGUUGGUCUUCAUAUCUCGGGGCUUGCAAAAUUCGAGGUGAUAAAGCACGUGCUGAAAUUGCCGCGGACAAGCUAUUGAAACUGGAGCCUGAGAAUAGCAGCAUACACAUUUUGCUCUCGAGUAUCUAUGCAAAGGAAAGACAAUGGGAAGAUGUAAGGAAUUUAAGGAAGAAGAUAAAAGAUGACAAUAUGAGGAAGGUACCUGGCUAUAGCUGGGUCGAUGUUGGGAACAAAACUCAUGUUUUCGGAGCACAUGGAUGGUCUCAUAUUCUGCAAAGGGAGAUCUACGAGAAGCUCGAUAGUCUCAUAGAGGAGAUAAAGAAAGUUGGAUAUGUACCCGAAAGAGAUGCUGUCCAUAUGGAUGUAGAUGACAACACAAAGGAGAAGAUCCUUCGAUAUCAUAGCGAGAAGAUAGCUGUUGCAUAUGCAUUAAUGAGUCUGCCAUCUUGGAAGCCUAUCAUCAUUAAAAAGAAUUUGAGGACAUGUUUGGACUGUCACUCUGCAUUCAAGUUAAUAGCAAAAGUUGCUGGUAGAAGUAUAAUUGUGAGAGAUAGUAGCAGGUUCCAUCAAUUUUCUGAUGGAUCUUGUUCCUGCGGAGACUUUUGGUAG